GAGGAAUCCGACUAUGCCGAACGAGGAUGGGAAGAAGAUGAAUUGAGAACGAGGGUAAGAGGAUUGAAAAAUGAACAGCACGGAGAGGAGAACAUAUUCGACUACGAACAACAGAUAGAAGGAGGAGGGAUGGAGAAUGACGAAGGAUCUCGUAAAACGAUAUCUGGUGGUAGCCCUUCAACGGACGAUCACCAGUUC